GAAAACGUGGCUGCAGACGAACAUGUAACCAACAGAAACAACGACGAGGGGUGCGAGCCGAGGCCGAGAGCUGAGCCUGAGGAGACAACGCAAGUCCACGGCCUUCACAUUAAUGUUGGCCCAGUUUCAUCUGGGUAGAAGUCUGUUCUGCUGAAUACUGUGUCUGGGACAUAAAGGUGCACACAGGAGGAGGAAAAUGCAGUGCACUCCUGAAUCAAACCUCUACCAUGAGAGCUGCAAAGGCCAAGAGCACUGUUAUGAUGACUGCUCCGACAGUGGUUACUCGGGUUUAUUUCACAGCCCACAGAGUAGUAGUGGAGCUGACUCCUGUAGGUCUUUGUCUCCAGUGGAAUUCAAUGAAACGCCUAAAGAAAACCUCAGGCUUUCAGUCACUCCUAAAGAACGGACCAGGGGACCAGUCAGAUUUUUGAGCAAGGACUCCAGGGGAGUGCAGCGGCCAUCAGCAGUUAGCUGGUGUGAAACUCCUAAAAGAGAUUCCUCGUUGCGACACAGACUUCAAAUGUGCAGACCCACCACAGCUGUCAAAAAUGACAACACAAGAUCACCAUGCACCAGAAAGACUGAAUCCUCCAUCUGGCUCAGUGCAUCGUUUGACUCUCUGGACACUGUGACGGGAGCUUUGGCAUCAAGCACUUUAAAAUUGCAGCAGGAUCUGCCACUAUCUGGUAGGAAGCGCCGUCUCUUCUUCAUGCAGGUGAGGACCUCCACUCUUGAAGACGGUAAACUCAACUCUGGUUGUCUCUCCACUUUCGAGAGAAGAGGCUCACUCUCAGAUGCAGAUUUCAGCGAGAGCAUUUCUGCUUCUGAUCAAGUUACUGUUGAGACUCCGUGCUUUAGCAAGUUCCUCCCUGGCUCUUCUAAGGAAAACUCUCAAUCACCAAUCAGUGGUGUGAGAAAGAACCUGUAUGACAGCUCAAGUGUCUUGUGCACACCAUCAUCCACACAUACACCCAAAUACAUCAGGUCCGUGUCUCAAGACAGUGGUUUUGGUUCCCUGACCCUUGAUAAGUCCCAAGACUCCUCAGUAGACCAUGAUGGCUCAUUCCAGGAGCUGUUGCUCUCUGUUUCCAGAGGAAACAGUGAAACCCCAAAUCUGCCAGAGACAAAGUGGCAUUCCCGUUUGCAGCGACAGCACAGGCUUUCUACACUUAAAGAAGGGGGCUCUCAGUCUGAGGAAGACCCAACAGACAGAAAGCAUGUCCAUCUUCAUCAGUGCCACAGCCAUUCCAAAGAAGAUGAGGUUUUUGUUGACAGUGCCACUCCUCAUAGUGGCCUUUCUUUUAGAUGUGGUAAUAGCAUGACAUCUGAUAGUUUUGCCUCCACAAAACAAGAUUAUGCCACCCCACUAAGAGCGACUACAACCAAGCCAGAAAACAUGACACCUUUUGGCACUGCUCCGGGUAAUCCAGAUGUAACUCCUCUCAGGACAACCCCAGUGAAUCUCUCGCUGACUCCAGCUUUGCAGCUAGUUCAUGCUAUGUGCCAGCAGAAAGCCCAGAUGUUUGUUGGUCAAAGUCCAAGCCUGAAGGAGCAGCUCAAGUCCACAGCAGCACUGACUGAGACCCCAGUAGCAUUCAGGACCACCAUGCCCCUAGCUGGGCUGAUCGGCAGGAAGAUGGGUCUAGGGAAGGUGGACAUACUCACAGAGCUGAAGAAGAGGAAUCUUAGGCACAUCCUGGCUUUCAUACUCAGUCAUCUGGCCCCUGAGAGCAUCUAUAGGUGUGGUCAGGUGUGCAAGAGCUGGAAUGAAAUCAUCCAACAGGACAAGCGAGCUCGUUUUAAGAGAACAGCCCAUCUGAGUGAAGUGGAGGCUGCUCUUGAGCUUGGUGGUGCUGUCCAUGUCCCCGAUGCUGAAACCAGACUUACUCUGUCAAAGAGGUCGGCCCUCAAGACUGUUCAGGCCCAGUCUAGGACCUCCAGCUACUGCACCCCGCAGUCAGGAAAUAGCACUUUAACCUCAUUACAGCGCAGCAGCAGCGGCAAACGUGAAAAAUUUCUUGAAGUUGCCAAAACCCUCUUCAAUGAUGAGUGCCUCAAGCCUUGCCCUCGAUGUGAGCAUCCUGCAAGGUGUCACUCAGUGAAAGGGGAGGGAGUGUGCAGCAGAGCUGAUUGUGGUUUUCAAUUUUGCACAGCCUGUUUAUGUGCUUUCCAUGGCUCCAGAGAAUGUGGGAGCCAGUCUGUAAGCCGUCGCAAGAAGGAUAUACUUCUUCCAGGAAGCGCUCAAAGCAAGCGAAAUGUUAGGCGACUAUGAGCAGAAAGUGUUCCUGUUUUCGAUACCACUUUAGCAUUUUUUCCUGGUAAAGACCAGGUUUAGUUACAAGGAAACCGAUAUGUAGCCAGUACAUGAGAGCAACUUCUGUACUUAUCAAUGUGUCUUUGUGCCUGUCUUAUGUACUGUAUUUUUCCUCUUUUUUUUCAAUGCAGUUCUUACUUGUUUUUAAUUAUGAAUGUGAAGGAAAUCUCAGCGGCAGUGCAAUGAUUGAAUUUUUGCUAUUGAUGUACUUUUCCAUACACUGAUCAACUGUACAUAGUUUUUUGGAAUAUCUGAGAUUUUCAACUUUUACCAAUGUAUUUUCAGAGCAGUUUUAAAAUAAAUUUGAUUUUUUUACGUGU